ACACACACACACACACACACACACGCACACACACACACACACACACACACACAGAGAGAGAGAUGGCUGAGUUUUAUUCGAAGCAAAUAAACUAAAGCAAAUCGUCUGUGUGAGAACAGAAGCUGAGGAGCACAAACAACCAGCAGCUGCAGGUUCUGAUGAUGACGAUCCAGUCAGCGAUUAGCAGAGAGAUCUUCACUCCACACCACGAGAAGUUAUUAACAGUGAUUGAAGUGAGGAAGAGGAGGAGAAGAAGACUGACCUUCAUUCCGGCGGGGCGUAAGAAGGAUUACGUCACCUUCCUCUGUCUGUCAGUGACGAAUAAAAAGCCGACUCAAGUUUUUAUCACCAAAGUGAAGCAGUUUGAAUUUUCUCAACAAUUUGAGAAACGCUCACACUGGAGUUUGGAUCAGCUACGUCGCGUCGACGGCAUUGACCCCGACAAGGACAGUCCAGAGUUUGACCUGGUGUUUGAUCACGGAACUGACCAGUGGGUCGCCACAUCAUCAGCGGAGAAAUGCAUGUUCAUUCAGAUCCUCUAUCAUCUCUGCCAACAUUACUGGGAGAGUCAGACUGAGCCGAGUGUCAAAGCGCCCCCUGUGGGUCAGAAACCCACCUCCACUUCCACCCCGACCUCCACCUCUGCCCCCACCUCCACUUCCUCCACCCCUGUCUCCACCUCCACUGAACAAACAACCGUCCUGGAGAAAAAGAAGAAGAAAAGUCGUGAUGCACCACGUCCCACUGAAUUCGUUAACUGCCAGUCCAAAUUACUGGGAGAUGCCUGCUCACUAAACAUCGUCAUCUACCGCUGUAAGAUCUUCCUGCACAGAAUGAGGAACUCCAUGACCUCUGCUCAAGAACCAAGUCACAGUCAGAAAGCUCCUCCUGUGAAAGUGGGCACGGCUAGCUCCUCCCCCCCAGCGCAGAGCAUCAUGGGAGCAGUGAGUCGGAGGGCGAGUCAGGUGUUCAGUGAGCGCGGCGAUGUUAAACAGCUCAGUGAAAAUGUACAAAAGCUUGCCCUGAAACAUCGGGAUUAAAAUAAUCACAGUCCAUCGUCUCCUCUGUGUGAGCUUAAAGAUAACAACAAAACACAAAAAAGAUGAUUGGUUUAUUUAUGCAGUGGCUUUAUCACACACACACACACACACACACACACACACACACAGAGUUUACAGAUGCUUAUAAUAAUGCUUUUUCGCUCAGGAUGCUUUGUUUGAGCCACUAGAGGGCGAUGCUGAGUUCUGAAAACACUGAGGUUCACUUUACGCAUCUUAAAUGCAUUUUGUGUAUUUUUAUAUAUUUUUUUAUGUUGUAACAGUAACAUAAAUAGACAGAUGUUACACACAUGGACAUGCGUAUAAAUGCUAAUAACAUGUUUAAUAAUAUAAUAAUAGACGCCGCAGACACACAGAGGAUCAUGACUCACUUUUUUUUAGGAAAUUAUUUUAUUAAAUAUUAUAAUAAAAUAUAAUUAUUUUAUUAAUAUUAGUUUAAAGUAUUUUACACAAUUGGUUAAUUUACACUCUCAGAAAAAAAAAAAAAGAUUUCAAUGUUAAAAAACUUCAGUAUUGUUAGUUAGAGAAACUCAAAGCUGUAGUUUAUAUUUAAUACACUUUUAAAGUAUAUAACUGAACAUUAUAGAUCAAAGUUUUACCUUUAAAGAAGUAUUUAAACUGGAAUAAGGAUCUUCCCACAACAUGAUACUACCACCACCAUGCUUCACACUGGGGCAGUAUUGGGUUUCCACCAAACUAAACACUUUAUGCCGAGAAGAAAACUUUCACAUUUUGUGCUUUUGCCUCAUUAAUAGCAAGAAAACCUAAUUAUCAUAUCAUAGAAUUUUUAAAAAUGUAUUUAUGUAUUUAUUUAUCGCUACUUAAAAUCUCUUUAAUGAAGAAUGAGAAGCAUUCAUCAGUCACUAUUGAUAAAUUAAAUUUCUCCACAUCAUUCCUCAUUAGUACAACAUUUCAAAGGAGGAUUAUAAGUGUACAAUAAUCUCUGUGUUAAUUAUUAAAAAGAAAUGAAUUAUUAAUGUUGAAUUUUGUUUAAUUGGUCUAGAGUCAUGUAUUAAUAAUAAAUAAUGUGUUAAUGACUUUAGUCUACACUGUGGGUUUUAUGGUUUAUUAAGCAGCACAAGUUUAUAAAUGAUCAAAGAGCCAGAGUCGGAGUGUGUGUGUGUGCUUGAAUCAGACGUCACAGAGUGUGUAUAUGACUGAAUGUGUGUUGUAUAAUUGUAAUAAUCUAAAGGUCUGUGGUUUGUAAUUGUUGUCUUUUGUCCUUUAUUGUCUUGUCAGUGUCUAAUUUUUAUACAUUAAACUGAGUUUGACCCA